AUGACUCUCCACGCCACUAUAAACCAAUUGAAUUUGGGAGAGUCCAGCUGUGAUUGUAGAAGGGAAUUGGCGUACAAGCUGUUUAUCGAAAUACUGGCAUAUCAAUUGGCCUCUCCAGUGCGAUGGAUCGAAACUCAGAAUGAACUUUUUCACAGGGAGCCGGCUAUUCGGCGCUUCAUCGAGAUUGGUCCUCGCAACACCCUGGCUACCAUGGCUAAAAAGUCGGCUUCCAAACAACAUGCGUUAACAGAAUGGCCCCGCCUAAAGUUUCUGUCAUAUCAAGAUCACCAAGACGAGAUUCUGUUUCGCUAUCUUGAGUCGGAUAUGCCUAAAUCCUCAAGGGAGGAAAUACUACCAACAACUGCAAAUUCCUCGCCAGCUCCAGUAUCGACCUCGUCUGCUAAACUUAGUUCCAAACAGGUAGCAGUGGACGAUACGCCACAAGAUAGGCAUGCUCCUAGUGCAGACAUUUUGCUUUCAGCUAGUCACAUUAUUCUUGCGCUCACAGCACAGAAGCUCCGGCGUCCUUUCGACCAGGUGUCUAUGGGAAAGACGAUUCGCGAUCUUUCCGGGGGUAAAUCGACUCUUCAGAAUGAGUUAACCGGAGACCUAGUGGCUGAGUUUGGAAGGAUUCCAGAAGGUGCCGAGGACAUGUCCCUGACAGCACUCGCAGACGCUCUGCAAGGUAGUUUUGCCGGGAAGCCAGGCAAACAUAUGAGGGCCUUAGUAUCUAGGCUAGUAUCAAGCAAAAUGCCCGCUGGGUUCAAUAGAGGCGCUAUGCAGGAUUAUCUGCAGUCACGUUGGGGUCUCAGCCAGACACACUCGAUCGUCCCGAUAUGCUUUGCGACCACUAUUGAGCCGCCUACCCGCUUGCCGAAUUCAGAUGCGGCACGAGUGUAUAUGGACGAGCUGGUCAACAGAUAUGCUGCAUACCAAGGUAUAGGUUUUGUGAUCGCUAGUCAACGGACAAAUAUAGGCCCUGGGUCUUUGUCUGUAGUGGACUCUACCAGUCUUGAGUCUUUCAAAAAAGAACAGCUCGACUUCCAGCGCAAACAGCUGGACCUAUUGACAAACUACCUUCAUCAUACAGGUACGAUAGCCCGAACUGGCGAGGUUGAACUAGAAUCGCGAGAGCCAGUGGAGAAACUGGCCACCUUGUAUGCAGAAUUCGAAGACCACUUCUUGCAAGGCAUACAGCCACUUUUCGAUUUGAAUCGGGCUCGGCACUAUGAUUCAUGGUGGAAUUGGGCUCGAGAAGAGCUUAUUAGGUGGAUGAACGAUGUCUUCCACGGACAUGUCGAUAUCAGCGUUUCAAAUAUAGACGAUCGCCUGCGUAGGAUGCUGAACAGAUGGGAGCCAAGUUGCACCGAUAUCAUCACGUCCAUAUUAGCUACAUCAUACUCAAACAACUCCACAAGCCACCUGCUUUCGAGUGCCUCCAACACUGGCGCCAUGUUGAAUGAGGUCCUCCGACUAGCAUCUCAAGCCCAGGUCAAUGAUCCAGUUUUUAUAUAUACUGAGCCGCCGGUAGGUCCCAAAACCAUAGUCUCCAGCACUGGUCGAAUGGAAUAUUUGGAGGUAGAGCGAGCAAUACGAAGAUACCCGGACGUUGCGCGCCAGGGUCGCUUAUCGCGCAAUGACAUGAAAAUGAUUGUCCCGUUUCUACACCUCAAAACCAGGGAAGAUGAAGGAGACUGGAAAUAUGACGCAAAAGUAACUCAGAUGUUACAUGCCACUCUAGAUGCUGGAGCUACCACUGGAUUUACCUACAGUGGAAAGACCGCCCUCGUGACAGGCGCUGGGCCGUGCUCAAUAGGUGCAAAAGUGGUGCAGGGACUCUUGGCUGGUGGUGCUCGAGUCAUCGUCACUACCAGCCGCACAGUGUCAAGUAGUGCUCCAUUCUAUCAAGAAAUAUACCGUCAAUAUGGAGCCAAAGGAUCAUCACUCACCCUUCUGCCUAUGAACCAAGCUAGCAAGCAAGAUUGUGAGGCACUGGUUGAGCAUAUCUACAGCGAGAAAUCCCCUGUAGGGGGUGACCUGGACUAUAUCAUUCCAUUCGCUGCUCUUCCACAAUCAGGGGAGCUGGACACAUUAAGCGGUCAACAGGAGGUAGCUUUCAGGGCGAUGCUAGUUAACGUCUUGCGAUUAAUGGGGCUGGUGCGACGAGAAAAGGAGAGGCGACGGAUUGAAAAUAGGCCCGCGAUGACUAUUAUACCCAUGUCUUGUAACGAAGGCACGUUUGGUGGAGACGGAUUGUAUGCUGAGUCUAAGCUUGGUCUGAAAACUCUUCUCAAUCGAUUCUAUUCUGAAACUUGGUCGACCUAUGUGACAGUAUGCGGAACAGUUAUGGGCUGGACCAGGGGCACAAGUUUGAUGCGUACGUCUAACAUGGUGGCGGCCGAGAUGGAAAAGAUAGGUGUCAUCACAUUUACCCAAGCCGAAAUGGCAUUUAAUAUACUUGCAUUGAUGACGCCUGCCAUUACCGGAUUUGCUGAGGAUGCACCAGUGUAUGCUGACUUCACGGGUGGCUUUGGAGGAAUGUGGAACGUCAAGAAACAAAUUGUCGCAGCUCGCCAGGAGCUAUCUGAUGAAAUUAACCUGCGUAAUGCCCUGGAAGAGGAAGAUGCACGCCACAGGGAGGUUGUCCUAGGGCAACAACCAGAAAGUGAUGAUAAGCCAAAGAUGAGACGCGCGAACCUAAGGCUUGGGUUUCCGCAUUUAGAUAGUCAUCACACGUUGGCGGUCAAACUCCCUUAUCUUCAAGGAAUGAUAGACUUGUCUCGAACUGUGGUGGUUGUGGGAUUCUCUGAGUUAGGACCAUGGGGAAAUGCUCGCACCCGGUGGGAAAUGGAACACCGAGGCGAAUUCACACUAGAAGGGUAUAUAGAAAUGGCUUGGAUAAUGGGACUAAUCAAGCACGUUGAUGGUGACCUGAAGGGGGGACCAUAUGUUGGUUGGGUGGACUCAGAGACCGAGGUUCCUAUCAGUGACAGUGAGAUCCCCCAGCGAUAUCAAGAGCAUAUCAGCACGCAUGCGGGAUUACGUCUGAUUUCUCCGGACAAACGAGACAAUUAUGACCCCAGCCGGAAGGAAUACUUACACGAGGUAGCGGUUGAAGAAGACCUUCCUCCGCUAGAGUGUUCCCAGUCAACAGCAGAGACAUUUAAAUUGCGCCAUGGCGAUGACGUGAUUAUACAGCCAACUGGGGAAGGAGACGCCUAUCGAGUACUUUUCAAGAAGGGUGCUAUUUUGAUGAUACCAAAAAUGGCACCCUUUAGCCAGACAGUAGCUGGAAGGAUCCCUGGAGGUUGGGACCCUCUGCGGUACGGGAUUCCUGAAGAAAUUGUGCAACAAGUCGACGAUACAACGCUGUAUGCACUGUGUUGCGUCUCAGAAGCCUUUCUAACAGCAGGAAUCAAAGACCCUUAUGAAAUUUACCAGCAUGUCCAUGUUUCAGAAGUAGCGAAUUGUAUAGGCACUGGAGGUGGCCCUAUGAAAGCUAUUCGAAAUAUGUACCGUGAUCGAUUCCUUGACCGAUCAUCAGUAAGGGGUGACAUCAUCCUGGAACACUUCCUCAACACGACAGGAGCGUGGAUCAACAUGCUUCUGCUUUCUGCCGCAGGGCCAAUUAAGACACCAGUUGGCGCAUGUGCCACAGCACUUGAAUCUUUGGAUAUCGGCUGCGAAGCUAUCCAAUCAGGAAGGUGUAAGGUGGCUAUAGCCGGGGGGUGUGAUGACUAUUCAGAAGAGCUCGCGUAUGAGUUUUCUAAUAUCAAGGCAACAGCCGACGGCACAGAAGAGCUAGCGAAGGGGCGUUUACCAGGUGAAAUCUCGCGUCCCACAACAAGCUCGCGCAGUGGUUUUGCCGAGUCUGCUGGUAGCGGCUCGCAGAUUCUCAUGAGCGCCGAACUGGCCUUGAAAAUGGGUCUUCCCAUCUACGGCAUUAUCGCCUAUACCCAGAUGGCAGGAGACCAAAUAGGGCGCUCCAUUCCAGCGCCAGGCAAAGGAGUGCUGACGGCGGCACGCGAAACCGACGAUAGCAAAAGGUCGCCAUUUCUGGACUUCAGCUUCCGGCGUGCACAUUUCGAUGAAGAACUAGUUGAGCUCCAGCAGCAGUGGGCAAGUGGAAAACUGGCUAGGUUGCAGAAAUCAGUCGACAUUUUAUCUGAACAGGCUGGACAAGAGAUGGAGCAGGCAAAGUUGGUCAGGUUGAGGGAAAUUCAGCACCGAUGGGCGAAUCAAAUCCGCCUGCAGGAUCCCUCUAUUUCUCCAAUAAGAGCAUCGCUGGCUUCUUGGGGGCUGACCAUCGACGAUAUCGGGGUCGUUUCGAUGCACGGGACGUCCACUAAAGCCAACGAGAUCAAUGAAGGUGAAGUUAUCAAUACCCAGAUGGCGCAUCUAGGCCGUCGAAAGGGCAACCCGCUCCUUUCCAUUUGUCAGAAAUCGCUCACUGGCCAUCCAAAGGCCGCUGCGGGUGCUUGGCAGUUGAAUGGCUGCAUGCAGAUGAUGCGGGAUGGGAUUGUCCCCGGCAACCGUAACGCAGACAAUGUCGACGAACAUUUACGCUCGUACGAGCAUCUAGUGUAUCCGAUGGAGUCAAUCCGUACGUCGAACAUCAAGGCGGCCAUGCUAACCUCCUUUGGAUUCGGCCAGAAAGGCGCAGUCAGUAUCGUUGUAGCACCCAAGUAUCUUUUCGCGUGCCUGUCCGCGGUUGAGUAUGACGAGUAUCGUGCCCGGGUGACACAGCGGCAGCGUUAUGCCAAUCCGGAGUUUGUGAGACGUAUGCUCAAGCAGGCACUUGUCCAGGUGAAGGACCAGCCGCCUUGGAAUGACCCGGAAACCAUGCGAAACGUCUAUCUCGAUCCGACCAGCCGCCUUGCAGAGGAUCAGUCGACAUUCAGCAGCAAAUCGCCAGCCAGCUCUUCUACUACGACACCCACCAUCAGUGACAAUAGUUCAGAGGUCACUGGCAGCGAAGACAGGUCUACUGCCGCGUCUAGCCUCGUCCAAUCGAUGAUCGAAGAAGUAAGCGAGCGGUCUAACGCAUCUCCUAUUUCAGGCGUGGGCGUGGAUGUGGAAAGUAUUGCAUGCAUCAAUACAGAAAACGAAACAUUCCUCGAGCGUAACUUCACAUCUGCCGAACAGGAAUAUUGUUCGAAUGCUGCCGACCCUCGGGCCUCUUUCGCCGGUCGAUGGAGUGCCAAAGAGGCGGUAUUCAAGAGUCUUCGGACACCAUCCAGAGGAGGGGGAGCAGCGAUGCAUGAGAUCGAGAUCGUCAACGACCGGGGAAUUCCCACAGUGACACUCCAUGGACACGCAAAAGACAUUGCUUCCGCUCGACGUAUCCACAACAUUGAGGUGACCAUCAGUCAUUCCGCAGAGACAGUCAUUGCUGUUGCACUCGCAACUGGAAGUCUCCAAAAGGCUGAACUCUACAAUGCUGGCAUUGAGCAUUUAGACUGCUCGCCAAACAUGCUAUGGAACAAGGAAAUGCAGAGAGUUAUGAUCACCGACUUUGGCCAAGCAAGGGAUUUCUCGAAAGCGGAAGGCCUCGAUAGAAGUGCAUGA